AUGGUAGAAGUUAUCCCUCAGCUCCCAACUGAACUAUGGGCUCGCAUCGCAUCCUUUUGUGAUCGAACAACGCUCGAGAGCCUUUGCCUCACCUCUCGUGGAUGCUCGAGGUUUGCGGCUCGGGAGCUUUUUAGGGAAGUGAGGCUCAACGCUUCCGACUCCAGCUGUGCGAGGUUGGAGCAGAUACGAGCACACGAGCGAUUAAAGCAAUACGUGAAUAAAAUCAACCUAGGCCUUUGCGGUUGGUCGCCUGAUUUUCUCGAAAAGCAACCUUCGUUACUUCAAGACUGGCAGGAAGCAGACGAAGGCCCCAUCCUACCAGGACGGUUCAUAAAGCUGGUUGAGAGUCUUAAGAUGUUCCCAAAUUUGCGGAACGUGAACGUCUUGUUUGAUCCGGAGUGUGCUUUGGAAGAGGAAUACGAUGAGCCGCCGCAAUCUGUCGAAUUUCGUUUCAGCACAAUGAAGCUCCUUCUCUCCUCUUUGACGUCUCUUCCUCAGCCACAGUUGGCUUUGGGAUUGCAAAAUUACCAAAAUGUCAACCCGCAGGACACCGAGACGGUGUCCAUGCUCAAACAGGUUCUUGAGAACCUGCAAAGUCUGCGACUUGGUAUCCUUAACGAGAGUUAUGAGGGAAACGGUGAAUAUGACCUUGAGUAUGACGAAGCCCAUACAUUCACCCGCGAACUCCCCACAGUCUGGCUCCAGCCAGCAUCGGCAACACUCCGACACCUGACCCUCUACGGAACCCUGUACUUCGGCUUCUACCCCAAACUCGACCUGCGGGACAUCCACUUCCCAAACCUCCAAUCUCUCGCGCUCGGAAACUAUGCCUUCGUCCACGACACCCAGCUGGACUGGAUCCUCUCCCACGGCCCUACCCUCCAACAGCUUUACAUGGACGACUGCGUCAUCCUGUACGAAGUCGGCAUCUACAACAAGGACAAGUGUUAUCUAUCACCUACAGAGAUGCGGCGUAACGCCAAGGCGACGUGGCAGGGUCAGGUGAAAUACCGCGCCAGUUACUCGAAGCGCUGGCACGACUAUUUCCGCGCGUUUGCGGAAAGGCUGGCGGAACUUCGCCAUUUUAGAUUCGGUAGCAGUCCCGACUGGUGGGACGAAUGGGGAAUUCCCUUUGAGAUGGAAGGGGAGAUUAAGAUGCGAUUGGGGGUGGACUCGUAUUUAGUUUUCUGUGAUGGGUAUGGGCCUAGCCCAUAUAUGGAUCGGUGGAUUGUAAGUGUCAGUGAUGAUGAUGAUGCGGAUUUUAUUCAGUACCCUGAGUGUAAGGAAGAAGAUGCGGAUGCGUUGGUGGCGCUGCUGAGGAAAACCGGGCAGUCAGUUGAUAGGGAGGAUCUGUUUGAGUGCUAG